GGCGGCCAGUGAUCCGCCAGAAGACACUCAUAGGUGCCCCUUCAUGCGCCUGUGCAAAAAUGUAGCUCUCAGACCCUUCCUGGCUCCCUAAUUGGACAUGACGUACGAAUUUUGCACUGAAAAGAAAGCGAAUUGAAAGUCCUCACCUGUGUAAAGAUGAGUGUGGAAGUGGAACAAAAGUUUAUAUUCGACUCAGACACCUUGAAAACGGUAGAGGACAUUGGAGUUUGCAUCGGCCAGAAACAGUUUCACGAUCAGUAUUUUGACACCCCGGAUUUUAAACUGACUUUAAGAGACACUUGGCUGCGCAGACGGAAACAAUCCUGGGAGCUCAAGUGCCCGACGGCUGCAGUCAGUAGAACCGAGGAGUCUCUGUGUACUCAGUAUAAGGAGAUCACCAACCUCUCUGAAAUCUACCAGAGAGUAAAGGAGCUCAUAAACAAUGCUCCUGAGACGGACGAGACCCCCUCUGAUGAAGACGACUCCUGGCUGAGCGAGCUGCAUCUGGUCUGCUUCGCAGAGUUUACUACAACACGGAGGUCCUUCACUUUGAAAGGAGUGGAGGGGGUGCAGAUCGAUCUGGACCAAGCUGACUUUGGCUACCAUGUGGGGGAGAUAGAGGUCCUUGUACCAGAGGGGGGGGACAUGCUGUCUGCACAAGAGAAGAUCAGACAAACUGCUCAGAGGCUGGGUCUGCACGGCGAGAGAAGAGUUGAAGGAAAGAUGACUGUUUACCUGAAAAGAUAUCGUCCGGAGCAAUAUGCAAAACUGCUGAGUGCACAUAUCCUUUAGUAAAAUACUAAACAGGGACAUUAGUUCUAAUAGUUUUAAACUGCACAAACCUUGUUUGUUGCUUUAAAAAAAAAGAGUGGAAAUGAUCUAAUUGCAGGUAUUUUUAAUUGGAAACAUGUUUGAAGACGAACCUGAUUCUCAACUUCCUAAAACAGCCGUGGAUCCAGAUGUAGGAGAGUUCUUGUAAAUGUCAUUGGCGGUGACAGCGCUGCACGGACUAUUUGUUAAAAAGGGUCAUCUAUUUUUGUCUGUCAAUUGGAGACAACAUGCACACUUAUGUGGACGGCUGGUUGACUGGCUGGCUGCAUCUAUGUGUAGAGCUAUGUGAACCUCUUCAAAACACUCCUGUAACUAUACAACAAAUGUUUUAAAAACACACACGCAAUAUAUUAAAUAAGAAUAAAUCAACUGUUUCUAAUGUUGUUUUUUAACUUUUCUCUUCAUUAAAUGCGACAGUUUAAUUUCCAUCUGCAGCAGCCUGCAUUAGAAGCUUGAUCUCUCUUUAGAAAUACCUUUAUCUGCUUAUCUAGUUCAUAUUAACACCACCGAUGUAAACUUCUAUAUUUGCCGGGUAAUAUGUGUAUAAAUGGUUUAAAAUAGAAAAGUGCUGGUAUGGACACGGAUGAGCCCAAAUAUAAAAGUAUAUUACUCUGA